AUGAACAAACUGCCUUCCUCUGAUGCGCUUCUGGCUGAGGAGAACUACUCCUGGCCUUGGGAAUAUGGAGACCUGCUCUCCGUUUACAUCGGAGACAGCGUGACUUUGCCUUGUUCUUUCGCCUCCAGCAGCAAACAUCUAAGCUGGUACCAGCAGAGAGUCGGGGAGCAGCCUCAGAUCAUCUCCUCCAUCUACAAACGUUCAAACUCCAACAGCUUCUACAAGCCGUUUGACAACAGACGCUUUUCAGUUCAUACAGGAGGAGAGCUCUACAGUCUGAGCAUCUCUGAUGUCCAGAACUCAGACUCUGCCAUGUAUUACUGUGGACACACCAGCAUCACCGUCACAGAGUUUGACAGAGGAACCUUUCUGAUGGUUAAAGAUUCCAGUUGCAGGUCGUUGAUCCAGGAGCCAGACUGGGACUCGACUCUGAACUGCACGCUGCUAACUGGAACCAGUGAAGAGGAAGGCAGAGUUUACUGGUUCCUGCAGGAGUCUGGAGGCUUCAGCUGGGGAAGCGUGAACAUGCAGUCAGGCAGCAGCAGUGAGAGCGGCUCUGCACAUCACAGCUGCGACUUCACUUCACCACAGAGGAGCGCGUCUGAUGGCGGGACGUCCCUCUGCGCCGUGGCUGCAUGUGGACACAUCCUGAGGCUGCAUGCUGGAGAGAAACAGAGCGCCCCUCCCUCUGUGCUGAUGCUCUGUGCGGCUGCAGCUCUGACCGUGUCCGCCAUUUUCAACAUCGUCUUUAUCUGUGUUUUCUGCCAAAAGUGCAGAAGAAAACAUCCUGAAGGGUCACAGCAUCAGGCAGAGGUCACCGCUGACAGCCAGAAUCAGGACUCUCCCACUGUUCAGUACGUCGCUCUGGACUUCAAACUGAGACGACAGACGAGCCGCAUACAGAGGAGCACCGAGGAGAGCGUGUACUCUGCAGUCAGAGGAUCACACUGA